UACUAUUUCUGCGCAUGGCGCAGGAAAACUCCUAGUUGUUUUUAAAAAAAAUAUCACCAAGGGUAACAGAAAAAUAGUCUCUUAUAUUAAUUACUGAAGAGAUUAAUUGAUGUUUUAUAGUAACUAGUCCAUCUCAAACGGUAAAAUUAAUAUAUAUAUUGCCUAAUAUAGCUUUGAAGAAUAUAUUGAAGAUUGCCUUCUAAAACUAGCUACAACCCAUUAAUUAAUUGGAUUUGGUCUUUGUAUUCACUGUCCAAAUCACGUUGAUUACCAAGGCAUUUGUUGAAUAUGCCUCUUAAUAGACGGUUGUAUUAACUCAUCCAAUGCAAUAUACAGAAAAUAAUUUGGCACAAAAGAGUGAAAAGUAAAACUCACUCAUCAAGAAUCAUGAGAUCUGCCAGUAUUUUUCUGGUUUCUUGUAUUCUCAUUUUCUUCAUCAUGAACAAUGUCAAAGACGUGGAAGCUGGAUUGACUCCAAUGGAUAACCAAUGCGGCCGGAAGGAUAUAUUUGUCGGGGGAUGCGGUCCCGACGGAAACAAAACGUGCAUAAACGACUUUGUUAAGAAAGGAGGUGAAGGGAAUAGGCCUUCUAGUUGCGAGUGUGAUGACUUCGGCGAAGAACAUUUAUGCCGAUGUAAUUUCUCUUGCUAGCUUUUGUUAUGGUCUAUAAACAAAAUUCUACGACAGAAAAUAGUGGAGAAUAAUAACACAGAACAAACUAGUUAUUGUUGCGUGUCUAAAAUCAUAAGAAAGUUUGAAUAAAAAAAGUCACAAGAAAAUAGUAGCAAA